AUGAACCUUGUGGAGCGUGAGGUCGAGGGCGUUUUGUGUGGGGCUCUACUUGCGCCGGAUGGCUGGGCUCUGCGUCUGCACCACGACGCCUGCGGGAGCUCCUCGCUGAGUGUUGCACACUUUGAGCGCGUUGACGUACUUGGGGAAUCCCUCUACGUGGCGGAGCACUUCGUUCCACGUGCUGUGGCAGGUGAUGCGGGCGCUCUGCAGAAGCAGUUGCAGGAACGGCUCUUAGCAUGCGUCUCCCCAGACUCUGAAAGGCUGUCUCGAUCACCGUUUUGUGUUGUAUGGGAAGUUGAACGGACAGAGUGCGCUGCAGUACUGCUUGAACAAUACACGCUGCUGGUGUGUGUUUUGCUGCACACCGCGAAGAGCGAAGAAACCACUAUAAUGAAGGAGGCCUUCCAUCGAAUUGUUCCUGAUCUCAAGGCACGCUACGCGCGGCUUUCCAAGGAGGUGGCAACACGUGAUGCUGUGUGGACUGCUGGCGUUGGUGGAAUGUACACUCCACGUGGCCGCUGCGUUGUUCAAAUGUCGCAGCAUGUGAGCAUUGCGGCUCAAUGCAGCCCAGCUUCUUGUGAGCGCAGCGACUGGCUACUUCAAGUAGUGGCAACGGAGCUGGGCCUUGUGUCAGAGCAUCUGUGUCUUGCGGUGCACGGGUUCGCCCCUGUGGUGGUGGCGACGCUGCCGCUUUCUACCGACGUCUGUCUAGUGAGUCGCCGCGCGUUGGGGCGUGUUUGGGCGAGACACGUGCGACGCAGCGGCUGGCGAUGCGCAGAAGUGAGGCGGGUUCGUGCCACAAUUGAGAAUACAACGACGUUGUCGUCCUCGGCAUCUUGCGUGGUGAGUCCCUGCAGUACAUUCUACUAUCUAGAGAAAGACGACAGCAAGGCAGAGCGGGUGAUAGCGUGGGUCACAGAGCCACGGGUGGGCAGUGAUUGCUGUGUGGUGCUGCUGACUCCAGCAGCUGAGGUGGGGAACACAACCACCACUGCCAUCGACAACAACAACAACCACGUUGAUAUUAUCAACGCGGACACAUGCCAAGCACAGUGUGAGUGGCUGUUGUCUGCAUUUCGCCUGUCUAUCGCCACCACUGCCUCGUUUACAGCACUGAGCGUAAGAAAAGAUCCUGGGUUUCUAUUUCGCCAGGGGAGCCUUGUUGUGCACCUGCCGUCCGCAUCGAAGGCCUACACAAACGCGACGGCUUUCGUUGCGGCGGCCUUUAGUGGUGCUUCUCUGGGCGCCGUUACUGUCACGGCAGAGGAUAUGGGUGAUGGGCAGAGGCGGCAGGCAGUAAUCACGCUUCUUAAGGAUUACCGCUGCCCGUCAGACUACGUGGAUUACAUCGUAACUGAGUACCUGUACGACACACCACUUGAGAAGAGAUCAGCUGUCUUUCGGAAGAGAAGACGACAGCAAGCAGUGUUAUCUAGGACUAAACAAGGUGCACUAAAAGAGGAGGAGUACUCACUGUGGAUUCGCCUUUGCGACAGUGCAGCCGUGUACUUUGUUGUGCGUGAGUGCGGUGUUGGCCGCUUGCUGCUGACGCAGGCAUGCGUGCUGGGAGCCGUGGUGGAUGAUGCACAGGCGGAGCGGUGGGAGGUAUGGGUCUCUGGCAUUCACACUUUGGCUGCUGCCUAA